AUGAAAAACGCUGCUUGCCAUUUAUUUCGUAGUAAACAAGCCUCAUCAACACUCUCUUUCUCUCGGUUUUUCAGAGGUGUAGUUUUUGGUGUUGAUACACUUGGGUCAGACUCUAACCUCUCGCUUCGGAAAUCUUUGUCCAAUCAUCAUCAUACAAGGAACACUUUGGUACCCUCUUUCCAUACAUUAUCUUCCUUGUUGGCAAAAGAUGAAGUAACAACAAAAAGUCUUUCUUACGGAUCGGGAGGAAACGGAAGUGGUGCUGAGCACAACCAUGUACAACAACCAACUUCUUCUCAUGAUCCCAACCCAAAAUCAGACGAUGCAACACCACAACCAACCGCUAAUAACAACUCUCCCAUUCAAGAAAUGUCCUCAAUAAUUCUCUCCUUCAAUAAUUUCGAGGAAUGGACAAAGGAAGAAGUUGCUUCUAUUCUUUGUAUGAAGAAACAUGAAGGUGGAGCCUCAUUGUACGUUGAGAAAGUGAAGCCUCUAUAUAGUGCUGGUUUUGACGGGGCUUCUCUUGAUAACAUUGUUCAAGAUAUCAAGAGGCACGAUGUAGAUUUUGCAAUUAAAGCCAUGUCUCAAAGCAAAGACUUUUCACAGGUUUCUGAGAGUACUUGCAAGGCAGUGGUAAAUUGGGUGUACAAUACUUUGAUGCCCAAUCUUCAAAUUGAACCAUUUCAAUAUUUCCCAAGAAGCGAAAGAGAACUCUUAACCAAAGCAGAUGAAAUUCUUGAAGGUAAUAUUGAUUCUGAUGCAAAACGUACAAACAUACCACAGAUGUAUAAACAGUGGUACUUGUCAUUCUGUAAUUUAGUAAUCAAGGACCAAGCUCAAGGUAAAAGAACUCACUCUGAAAAAGAAAAUUACUCUGUCGAUUUACUGAAACUCUUUUCAAAUGCAAGAGAUAUUAUAUUCAGCAACGUAAAUACAGACAGUAUAUUGAACAAAUCGAAUUUUGAGACAGUCAUGAAUAACAUGGUGAAUGAUCUUUUAAAGAAAAAGGAUCUUGAAAAGGAGUUUUUUAUGAGGAAUUUGCUUACUCCCUUUAACACACGCUGUCCAUCCCAAUUUGUCAGAGAUGUUUUUGUUCCAACUAACUCCACAAUGAUAACAAAAGAUUUGUUUCCAUUCCUCCCAAAAUUACAAGUCGAUCUGUUUAAUGAAAGUGAAAGAAAGACGUUAGACCAAAAAAUUCGUGAUGGAUCAACAAUUUGCGUGAUUGGGCCCUCAGGUGUGGGUAAAACUGCUUUGCUUGCAAGAAGAUUAGGAGUCAAUCCAGGAAUUAUGAUAACAUGUACAUCUCUGUAUGAUCGGCAACAUCUUUCGGAACGUGGAACUGACCAAGCUUCUGAUAAGUUGAGAGAAACAUUUGUACUCACCAUGACACAAUCUGUUAUCAAGCUCUACGCUACUGCUGCUCAACAAGUUCAAUGUAAUUUUAUUGCAAGAUUACUGUGCCUUCAUACUGCAUUAACCAUCUGGGAACAAACGGAUAACAAAACACCUUUCGAAACUCCUCUUCAAAUGUUAUCCUACUCUCAAUGGAACGGCAAUACAAAGACUGUAGCAAAUAUAUUCAACACAUUGUUGGAACGUCAAUGGCUUUCUUUACCAACUGAAACUUUAAGAGAUUUCACAAUAUUUUUGAUCGAACAAUUAUAUUCAAGGUUGAAGCUGGAUAAGCAACCAUUUAUUAUUGCUGUUGACGAGGCAAAUAUUUUCUCUAUUCUCCAUACUCCAAUGUUAUCUGAGAACGGUACACCCAGGGAUUUAUUGUCACUGAUUGCAUUCGAAAUUUCUCAACUUAGAAAGAAGACUUAUAUGAAAAUUAGUGAUAUUUAUUGUGGAACCAUGUUUACAACUGACAUUGUUGAUAUUAUUCAAUCAUCGAUUGGAAAAUUAGAGGAUGUUUGCCAUGUUUACUCCUGCGUUGGUUUAGAUUCCAUCACUUUUGAGCAAGCAUUACAAAUAUUAGACAAAAUGUAUGAUAUUGAAGCAAUUUUAAAAUCGUCCAAUAUCUCCAAAAUUGAUCUUUAUCACUCUAUUCAACACAUAUUCCCAACAAGAAGAAGAGUAGUUGGGCUUGUUGCCUCUUAUUUAGAAACAACAAAAACUCUCGAUAUUGAAGAAAGUUUCAGAAGAAAGUGGAAAGAGUUUGUGGAUCAGGUGGAAAAAAAUGUUUUACAUAGAUUUGAUUGUAAGAAGUCAACAGACCGUCUUGAUCUUAAUUUUUUGUUGGACGUAGUAAUCACAAAUGAAUAUGAUGCCUUUUUAGGGAAAUCAAUUUCUUGCGACAGAACAUUAGCUUCUUCAUUAAUAGGAACUGGAUUAGCAAAACCAAAUUUUGACUUUUAUGAUACUAACAGCGAUAUGUAUCAUUUUGAUACCUCAGACCCAAUUCUUAAACAUGUUGCAAAAGAGGUUUUAGAAAAGAAAUAUCCAAACUCAAUUACAAAAAUCAGUAACCCAAUCUCAGUGUUGAAUUUGCUAUUAUCUCUCCCUCAACAUGACCCUAAGAAAUGGGAAAUGGUAUUUUCUCUUUUAUUGCAACACCAUAGUGGAAAGUGUAUUAGGGACAACUUGAUCCUUUCACCAUUAAUAUUAGAUUUUUAUCGCAAGCAUUACACAUCAAAAUGGGCCCAAGAAGUCCUCACAAACACUGACAAUAUUGACAGCAAUAUGUUGGGAGAUAUUUUAUACUUUCAUUGUUUGUUGAACUAUAACAAACAUAUAGAAGAGAGUUCUACUAACAAUACCAUUACAUUUAAAGACCUUAUUGAUGGGGUAUAUUUUUAUCCCUCUUUGAAUUGUCAUGCUGAUGGUAUUUGUUUAAACUUUUCAGAGCAACCUUACGGUAUUAUUGUGAGCAACAAAUUACAUAAUUGCCAGAGAAAAACAUUUUUAGACCAGAUUAGAAACGGCGUCAAGUGUGUGAAUGCGAAUAAUUUCUACAAAGCAAAAUUUGGCCCAGAAGUAAUUGGAAACUGUAGGACCUGGUGGACGACUGAGAAACAGGAGUUUCUAGCAACAUUAACUAAGAAUGAGAAACUAAUACCUCUCGUGGCACAUAUACAUGUAAAAUAUCAACAAAUCACAACAAAGAAAGGUGAAGGUUUUACUAAAGAUUAUUCUGAAGGAGGAAAAUAUUUAAUUCUGAAUCCAGAUUCAAAUGAUUUAAUGUCACUCUGUCCUGUUUGUAUAAACUUUUACAGAAGAAUCUAUUUAAUACUGCGAUUAUUGAUAAUUUGA